GUUACCUUCUCAGACACCCUGCCCCAUCCCCAGCGGCCUUCCAUAUCUCUUCGUUGCUGCUGGAGAUUUAACGUUUUUACUAAGACAAUACAAGACCCAAUAAAAAAUAAGGAAAACCACGUAGCCAAAAAGGUGGACGAUCGACACGGUUUUAAGCUACGGGGGCUCGCGCAUGCGUAAGGUAACUCAAAAAGACCGAAGGAAGAGGAAAGCGGCCUUUGGCUUUGCGCAUGCGUGUUUCGCGCCAGAAAGGCGACGGCUAUUUGAGGCCGAUUCCGUAGUUGUUACUUCCGGUUUCCUGGGCGAGGGAAGGGGGGGGAGGAAAGAGAGGGAUGCGCAUCCGGGUCGUGGACGAUUUCUUGGCUGGCUAGUGGCGGUGAUUACUGGACUGUGGUCUUCUGUGGAAGGUGUUGAGGUGCCCUAAGCGGAUUCCCGCGCUUCUCGCUAUGAGUUUCUGAGGGAGACCGAAAUAGGCGGAGCCUCUGCAUUCCUAUCUCAUAUAAUAUCUACUGAUCAGCUUGCUUUGGAGUAACUAUGGAAGAGAUGAGGUAGCCGCCCACGAGCGUGCUAAAAUCCUACUUCAGAUGGAUACAAAAUAUAAAGAAGAUGUAUUUAGGAAGUAUAUACAAUUUCACCAAUCCAAAUUGGAUACCUCUGAUAAGAAGCAGCGCCCAGUUAGUGAAGAGUACCUGCAAGUGGCAGCUUCAGCCUUACUCUGCCUUCCUAAGAUUGAUCCCUUUUAUAGAUUCCGGUUGAUAAAAUUUUAUGAGAUAGCUGAACAUUCUCUUCGGUCCUUGAAAUCUUCAAGUUUACGUUCACUCCGGAAUGCUUUUGGUGUGCUGGAAUCAGUUGGAGUUAAUCUUUUUCUUUACCCUUGGAAGAAGGAAUUCAAAAAUAUAAAGACUUACACAGGGCCUUUUGUUUAUUAUGUGAAGUCUACCAUACUUGAUGAGGAUAUAAGGCAGAUCCUGAACUCAAUGGGCUACGUCCAAGAACUUGGAACAGUGUAUAAGCUCAAAGACCUAGUAGAUACCCUGCAAGUGAAGCUGGUAUCAUUUGAAUUGUACUUGGCCAAAGUAGAGUGUGAACAGUUGAUUGAAAUUCAUUUGCAAGUGAAGGAUAAAGGAUAUUCAGAGCUUGACAUUAUAAAUGAGAGGAAAAAUAGCAACGAUGAUGUUCGAGGCUGCUCAGAUGCCUUGAAGCGCCGUGCAGAAUGCAAAGAGAACCUGAGCACUUCCAUGUCACGGAUGGUACUUCAGAAGUCUGCCAGCGAGAGAGGCUCUAAAGAUUACUUCAAGCCCAAAGUUACCAAACCUUCAAAAUCAGUGGAUGCCUACGAUAGUUACGUGGAAAAUAAAAAGCCUCCUUUGAUGACUUCCUUAAGUCUCCGAAAAGAACCUAUUUUGGUCGAUACUGAAGACGACAUCAAAGAUGAAAUAAUACGUCCGUCUCCCUCUCUCCUUGCCAUGUCAAGUUCUCCACAUGGGUGUUCUGAGGAAUAUUUGCCAGUCUCAUCCCAUGCCAAUGGCAUACUAAGAACGGGUGUUCCAUACAGUACCUAUUAUUCCCCUCAAGACGAUUUAGAUUUAUAUACUGACCCUGAUUCUAGAAGCAUGUUAAACUUCAAAAGACAGGAGUCUGCUAAACACGAUGUGUGGCUGCUGAGAAACGAUGCCAAUCCUAACUAUCAUAAACGUAUGCAUUUAGCCAAAGAGACCACUCCCCUUAAGUGCCAAAGCUGUGGAUUAUCUUGCGGCACCUCUGUUUGCCAAAAGUGUGACAGUUUGCUCAUUUGUAGGCAGGAGUAUCCAGCAAUGAAGCAGAGCAGCUAUUCGCUCAAAACUCUCUCUGGCGAAGGCGUGUCAUCUGGGUCUGCAGCACGGGAAAAGCCUCAGUACAUGUUACAAACUCAAGAGCGAGUCCCUCAGUUCACUUCCAAAUCCAAGCCUUCGGGUUCUUCCCGCUGCGGCUUUUGCAACCGGUCAGGAGCCGCAAACACAUGCACUUUCUGUUCAAAAGUCUCCUGCGAUGCUUGCCUCAGUGCUUACUAUUACGAUCCCUGCUGUCGAAAGAGUGAGCUCCACCGGUUCUUGCCAAACAAUCAGUUAAAUUAUAAAUCCAACCAGCUGUCACACCUGGUUUAUAGAUAGAUUAUCUUUCCUCCCGAAACUAUAUUUUGGGACAAAAGGGCUAAAAAUACAAACAUGCUGAUGUCGCUGGUAAGAAAUAUCACCCUACUGACCUCUUGUUAGGAGAAAAGGAAAAGUAGGACAUGCCCUAGUAUUAGACAGACACAUCUCAAUGUAGGUACCAGUUCUUGAUGUGGCUUCACAACAUGUUGUCCAAACAAUAGUUUCUGCUGCUACUCUUUUAGGUAACUCAACUGAACAUUGCUCCAUUCCCAUGUAGAGGGGGAGAGGAGCUCUGGGGUUCUUUUUCCUCCCCCUUUUCAGGAAUAGGCAGACAUUGCACUCCAGUUUUUGUUUCCCUAAGGAGACAUCAUGCUUCUGUGUGUGCAUUGCUGUUACCACCUCAUCUACAUUAUCCAGCAUCAGAGCAGUAACAAAGAUGACAGCCAGGAAACUGAGAACAGCAUUUUCAGUGUAUUGUGAAAUUGUCUGUUUGGGCAGUUUGCACACAAGGUUCAUCAACUUGCCAAAAAGAGAUUGGGGUGUGUGUCUGCUUCAGAAGAGGUUUAGAUGCAUUUCCUCAUCUUUGCUAGGCAAAUGGCCAUGGGAAUCUCAUCAUCUCGUCUUCCCCCAUCCCGUUUUCCAGGAUACCAUAUGACAUCACAAUAGAAACCUAGUAUUUAAGUGUUUGCCAAUACACCCUUCUUGUCUUUACUGUUUUUUAAUAAGUGAAUCUGUGUAUGUUGUGUUAUGCCCAGAGUGACAAUGAGUCCAGACUGAAUUUUACCUUCUGUUAUGUGUGUAUGAAAUCCCAUCCUUUCUACUGUAAAUAGACAAUUUGGAAGCAGUUUAUAUUUUAAUAAAUAUACAGAAUGUUGUGUUUUUCUAAAAGAAAAAUGCUGAAGUCCUGUAACUUAAAGUCUCUGGGUUAUUUCUUCAGGUAACAUUAUCCCUCUCCCCUGUACUGUAUAGCCCCUACAGCUUUUAAAGGCUAUUGUUGUAGACUGAUGUCCCAUGAAAUCCGUUUGUCUCUCCUUUUGCUUAUUUCUGUUGGUUUGAGAUUCUGUUCCUGGUAAUAAACAGUGUCAUCCCAGCCCUUCCAUACACAAACCAAGCUCUUUGAGAAGUACUAAAUUGUGCCUCAGCAAGGAAUGGAAGAGUUGGCCAUACGCACCCACCAACUCUCAUUCGUCCUUGCCAGGAGGACUUUUGUGUAAAAUACAUACCGUUCACUCUGUGGCAAAUCUGUAUCAUUGUUUUGUGAUAACAUAGAUUUUAAAAAGGAAAGGGUUGUGUCAUUCCCAGUUUAGUAAAAUGUUUCAACCUUAAAGCUGAGUCUGCAUACUCAAUUUGGGUUUACACCCACAAAGGCUAUCAAUGUCGUCUCCACAAUUUAUUCCUUAAGUAGGAUAGUUAUGCCAUUUCAUUCAACUCUGACCUUUGUAUCAGGUUAACACUUUUGACCCAAAAACUGUACAUUUAAUGAGCAUGGUUGUAGAUAGGUAGAACUAAGAAUUGCUGUCCUUUCACCCUUCAUGUGGCGAACAAACCUAAAUGGUUAUUUUUUUUUUUAAGUGUGUUUUUCUGGGGCGAUGGAGGGGAGGAGCCUCACACGGGAGAGGGUUAGGAACAUGACAGUUUUAUGAGCAUUGUAAGUUUGCUGGAAUGCUUUGGCUGCAGAUGGUUAUCAAAUGUGCAGUUUCAAAAAAUGAGUGUUUGAGAAUGCUGCCAACAGCAAACUAAUACCGAGAAGAUUCACAUCAUGAGGAACAGUAUAAAUGAGAUUACUGCUACGGUGCAUUGAGUAUUAUUAUUUUUUUUACAGGCAAAUAUUACCUUGCUAAGGAAGGCUAAGGGAAAUGGUUGCACAAGUGAAUAAUUAAGGUUUUUAAAAACUUUGAAGGAUUUUUUAAAAAAAAUAAAUAUAUUAGUAUACUUGUAGAUACAAGAUGUAUAUAUUAUCAAAUUCAAAAUAAUUUUACUAUUUCUAAAACAGGUUGUAGAGUUUCUUUUGAUGUAUUUUGUUUCUGCUUCAGCCUCAAAGCAUCAUGCCCGUCUUUCUUAGGCUGCUAUACUGUGUAGCUUCUAGCUCUGUCUCUCGUUCCAGUUCCACAUUGCUACUCACACGACACUAAAUGAACAAAAACUGUGAUGCCACGUAAUUUAUACGGUGAACAUAGCAGGGACUAAUUAUAUUACUUUUAAAAAAAGGAAGCAGUCCUAUGUACAUAUCUGUCAUGGAAUUCCUGUAGUACAGAACAGUGUUAAAUUGCAAGUAACACCAUGCUAUAUAUUUUUAUGUGUAUCUUACUGUAUGAAGUUGCUGUGAUUGAGACAGUAAAAUAUAUGCUAAUUUAAAA